AAUCACGGCUGUCGCGGUAUCUACAGGUGCGAACAAUGCCUGUCGAAAAAUGACAAUUGAUAAACAACGAGGCUUCAUCGGAAACAUUUCACUGAAAAAUGAAGAAGACGCGCGAUUUCCGGUUUUGUUCAAGUGGGAAGUUGUCUACCGAAGCUGCGCCGAAAGCAGGAAAAUGGACCGAUUCUGGGAAGCCAGCAGGUGUCAGAGAUCAUAUCGGUGGUCCAGAUGAAUCGACGUGUUCCUGGCUACCUGAGCAGGACAAAGGGUUGAAACAUCCCCUCAACAUGGAGACUCCUAAAAAAGCUAAAAACGGACAAGACGUCUCCAUCCUCUUCAGCGAGCGUCUCCAUGUGCAAGGUCAUCAUUACCAAAGGGAACAAUCAAUGACGAUUCCGUCGGGCUCGUCAAAUGUCGCGCACUUUCGCCGUCUGGAAUUAACUUCUUCAGCAUCGGAUCGAAAUGGAUUUAAAACAGAGGGCAGGCCAAUAGAAAGACGGGCGCAGUACGCAUGCGGGCUCCGAUAA